AUGAAUGCUACUGAUGAACACAAUGAGGAACCAACUGGAGAGAAGUGGGUGUGUCAGGUCAUGGCAGCAGAAGGAGUUAUUGGUGUCUUAGGAAACUUCCUAGUGUGCUACGUCAUCCUACGUGUCAAAUUCUUACACAACAUGACGAACUACCUGCUGGUGAAUUUGGCUGUUGCUGAUAUGCUGAUGUGUCUGCAAGAAUUUCUUUAUUAUCUAACAUCAGACUGUACGCCUAUUGAGUUUGCUCCAGUAAGCAACGGCGUGAGAGACUUGUUCUGCCGACUUCUAGCAUCAAAGUAUUUGGCAUUGGUGUUAUCCUUUGCCUCUGCUUACAAUCUCUGUGUGGUUACAUUAGAGAGGUACAUUGCCAUAGUACACCCUCUACACUAUGCGAGGAAACUCACAACAGCAAGGAUGGUUGCUUUAAUUACAUUGGUGUGGGUGAUAUCAUUUCUGAUAUCUUUACCUACUUUAUUCACAUUCGAGCCAAGCAAUGACCCCAAUGAGAUGUGCUCAAUCAAAUAUCCUCACCCGUCAUUACCUAUUCUACUCGGCAUAUUUAUAUUUCUCUUCACAUAUUUGCUGCCCCUAACAUUGAUGAGCUUGGCCUAUUAUAAGAUGCAGGUCACUCUCAAAAUACAAGUCAAAGCCCUGAACCUGCAACAUGCAAAGGCAGCAGCCUAUGAACUAUUAAUUGCUAGACAGAAACUUGUCAGCAUGCUUAAAACUGUAUUGGGAGCUCUCAUUGUCUUAUGGACAAUGGAAUAUUUUGCUGUCCUUCUCUGUUUGCAUCGAACAGAUGAUGCUCAGUUCUUGUUCUGUGGAUCUCAGGGCUUCUACUAUAUCAGAGUUUUCGCAAAUUUACUGUUUAAUUUCAAUUCAGUUAUCAAUCCUUUCAUCUAUGAGUUUAAAUACAAGAAGUUCAGGCAAGGCCUUAAGGUAGCAUUCUGCUGCUGCUUCAAAAGGCAUGGUGGUAACAGAGUUGGCAUUGAGAUGGUACCAUUAUGA